UAAAACUCAUCGCUAGUAACAUCACGGUGUAACUGAUGAACGCAGCAAUUCCUUUAAAGAUCGUAAACGAUGCGCGUCGAAUCCAGCUGAUCGGUGGACGCUCGGAUUUUAUAUUGUCGUCAACACCGCGUCUGAAGAUGAGAACGCGAAUGUUUUCAGAGGUGGAAUUGACAAACGAGAGAAUAAAAGUUGCCAGGAGAGCGGCAAUAUAUUGCCCUGCAUUUUUGGGCUGCAGUUGGGGGAAGAGCAAGAAAACCGUGCUGUCUGUGUUGAAGAAGGGCUUCAUGCUCCCAUGAUCGAUCGUGAGGGGCCUGAUGGGUAAAAGGAUGGUGCGUACCAUCAAUCAGCUCAAAUUGAACCAGAAGGAGAUUGUUGCCUUGCAGUUUUACUUACCCAUCAGUAGCAUGGCCCAUACUGUGGUCACUCACAUUGGUGGCAAUUGCGAGGUUCUCAGUUCCAUGAGGUCCAGCAUCAAGGUUCUCAGAUCCAUGAGGUGCAGCAUCAAUCUGCAAUGCCAAGACAAUCACCAAGGCGAGGAUCAAAAUGGAUGUAGAUUGGUUUCCCAUAUUCUCACAAUUCUGCAGACACCAAUCGGCUUUCAAAAACAAAAGGUCAUAUGUAAGGUUUGCAGUCGUCUUUAUGGGCCUUUGGUUGACUUGACCAAAAAUAUUUUGAAACAGUGGCAACACGUCAGCAUCGAUUAAAACCUUAAUUUCGAUAUUUGGUAAAACUGCCUUUAAAUGAAACACUCCUGAAAAGAUCUUGCUUCGGAGACCUCCUUGAGGUUUUUGUAGAAUACCACAUCGCUUAACAAGAACUCUGCAUCCGUUUUAGUCAGUGAACCAACCUCAAUCUAAGUUGGAAAUACGCUUUCUCCCCCGUUUGGAACACUUUCCUUUUGAAGGUUUCCAUAUGCCAGUUGGCACUUUAG